CUGAAAGCGCACAGUGAAUGGAGGAGUAGCCUUCACUACCGCUCUGCUUGGCGCUGGAGUGCACUGUGUUUAUAUUCCAAUCGGGAGAAAGAACGACCGUUCUGGAUGUAGCCUCCAAUCAUGUUGUCGGCGUUGGAUUGUGCAUCACCACCGCAUGUGUUUGAAUAUUGAGAGCUGGGAGAUAAGGGCUGCUGACUGGAAUUGUAGUCAUGGGAGGCCAGAUAACGCGAAAUGCCUUGUACGCAGACUCUCUGGGCGGUCCGUUCCCCUCCACCACCCACCGAUGCCACCACAAGCCCAAGCGCUGCCUGCCCAUCCAGCAGUGUGGUGUUGGGGGCGGGGGCCAGAGGAGAGGCCUGGCCAUCAGUCCCCUGCUCUUCCACCCUAACACCAAGGGCUCCCAGAUCGCCAUGGACCUGGCCCAGAGGACCGUCAAGAGGCAGGCCAGCUUCUGUAACGCUAUCACCUUCAGCAACAGACCUAUAGAGCUGUAUGAGCAGGUCCGAAUCAAGAUCACUAAGAAGCAGUGUUGCUGGAGCGGAGCUCUCCGUCUGGGCUUCACGGCUAAAGACCCGUCCCGUAUCAACCCAGACAGCCUUCCCAAGUAUGCCUGUCCUGACCUGGUCUCCCAGAGUGGCUUUUGGGCCAAGGCUUUACCUGAGGAGUUCGCCAAUGAAGGGAACGUCAUCGCCUUCUGGGUGGACAAGAAGGGCCGGGUCUUCUAUAGAAUCAAUGAGUCCAACCCGAUGUUAUUCUUCAGUGGGGUGAGAACAGGAGAACCGCUGUGGGCACUGAUAGAUGUCUAUGGGUUGACCCGUGGAGUGCAACUGCUAGAGAGUGAGAUCGUCCCUCCCGACUGCCUCCGUCCACGCUCCUUCACCACUGUACGCUCCUCCUCUCUCCGCCGCGAGGCAGAUGAAUCCCGCCUCUCUGUCAGCCUCUGUGACCUCAACCUGCAGCAAGUGGACGGCUCUGGCCCCGCACACCCUCAUAACCACGCCCAUCUCCACCUGGCCCCUCCCUCCGCCUCCUGCCCCAUCCCCCAGAACUCCCUCAACACCCAGCAGUCUUCUGUCCUCCCGCACUCCCUCGAAAGCGACCUCCAUUUCCACGCACUCCGCGGUGCCCACAUCAAGAUGCUCGACGAGCAGACAGUAGCGAGAUCCGAGCACGCCAGAGAGGAGCGAACGCUCGUCUUCACCGACCGGCCACUGCGUACCGGCGAGACCGUGUUUAUCAAGGUGACCAAGUCGAGCCCGGCUAGGUCGGGAUCGCUGUCCUAUGGCGUGACAUCAUGCGACCCCGCUGUGCUGCGCCCUAGCGACCUGCCCUACAACCCGGAGGCGUUAGUCGACCGCAAGGAAUUCUGGGCCGUGUGCCGAGUGCCCACGCUGCUCCAGAGCAGUGAUAUACUGGGCUUCCUGGUCAACCAGGAAGGGGAGGUGAUCUUGAGCCACAAUGGCACAAACGCGGGGAUGCAAGUGUGUGUGGACAACUCCCGGCCCCUGUGGAUGUUCUUCGGUCUGCACGGAGCCGUCAUUCAACUCAGGAUACUGGGUUCCACCCAACUCGGGGACCAGCCGGCGAGGGCUCCCUCCAACCCCAGCUCUCGCUCCUCCUCCCCCCACACUCCCAGCGCCCUAGCCCUGGCCCUGGGUAGUGGAAGCUCCGACCCUGUCCUUAACGGAGGCCUGGGAGGCCCCUGCUCCGGAGCCUACUGUGGUGGCUCCGCGGGAGGAACGACCCCCAGCUCGCCCGUCAGCCUCCCCAAGUCGCCCACCUUCCCAUCAGGCAGCGGGAGAGGGCCCGGGUGGCCGACUGGCGAUGAGUGUUCCAUCUGCUACGAGAACCACGUGGACACGGUCAUCUACGCCUGCGGUCACAUGUGUCUCUGCUACACCUGCGGCGUCAAACUCAAGAAGAUGUCCAAUGCCUGUUGCCCGAUCUGCAGGAGACAAAUCAAAGACAUCAUUAAGACCUACCGUAGCACGUAGGGGCCCUUGAAGCUAAGGGCCCCGAAACUGAGGGCCACAGGCAUAUUGAGGCCCCCAAGGGCCACAGGCAUAAGUUAAUGGGGAGAGGAGGAAGAAGGAGGGGAAAGACGUUGAGAGACUUUUAAGAUCAGGGAAAUGGACAAUGGACAGUUCACUAUGGUAUCUUUGUGUGAUGGAUUUUGAGGAAGAAUUUUGGUUUUUGUUUCAAAUACCUAUUUUUUUGUUGCCUGGUACAGUUAGUAGACCUGCACUGCAAAGGUCUCUUGCAUUGUGGUGGCUUUUGAAGCUGCGGGAGGGGGGGGUGCAACCCCGGCGAUAACUUUCUCUCUCAACUAGACGUUUUUAUUUUUCUUACUCUCUCCAUGGAUUCAGGAAGUUUCAGACUUUGAGGAGCGAAGACGUGAAACUACUUUUUAUUUUGUUGUUUGAGCCACUUCCAGACGACUGCUGCGAGUUUGGAAGCAAACGAGGUGGUUUCAAUUCAACGUGAUGCAUUUCUGUAGUAGUCAUAGGAUUCAUCAAUAGGAAGAUGACUACAGUUGUAUAAAGGUGUGAAGUAUAGGGACGUAAGUAUAUGACUUGAAGGAGUGCUGUAUCACCUCUUGCUCCUAUACAGUAAGUCAUAUAUUCUCUACCAAAUGUACUUGUGUGGUAGUUCUAUAGCACAUUCAUUGGUGGUAGCUGUCCUGUUGCGCUAGCUAGCUAGCUAGCUAUCUGCUUGCUCUGCGGUGUUGUAUGUUGCACUGAAGUCAGUACUGCACUCUCGGAAAUGCCCCAUCAAGAAAGGAGAGGAUACAGAUUAUUUUACACAAUAAGUUUAAACAACCAACCAAACAAUGUCACUGGCAGCCUCAGCUUCCAAACCAAUCCCAUAAUUUGUACCCACAUCAUGUGACAGGAAGCAGGAAGUGAAAGUACAGUUAUUGGGUGUUCCUCAGGUCCAGCUGUUUUUUGUAACGCCCCAAAAUGGUGACAGUUUCCCAAACACCAGCCCAAUACACUGUGAGUUCAGUGAAACUGAGACAGUUUCUCAUAAAAAUGGCUCCUUUCACCGCGCUCACACAUACAUACAGUAGCCAUGGGAUUGUUGCCGUGGUAAUAGUGUUCACCGUCGAUCUGACACAGCCCCCUGCCUUAAUUUAUGAACAGUUAAUUUGUUACAUGCGGAUGUGUGAUAAAUAAUGCUUUGUUUAUAUACAUAUUUUUCACCAAGACCCCUUACUGAAUACCAAAUACGAUGUUGUGUGUCGGAAGAAAGGCUUCAGAAACAGGACGUCAGAAGCUCAGAGGAUAAAAAGCACAUAAAACUAAAUUGAAUUGACCCCAACUUAUUUUUAUAACUCAAAAUACUUACUGGUCAAAGGUCAUUUACAUCACAGACAGUCAGUAAUGUGUACACAACCCUAACCCUAUCACAGUACUACUCUAUCAUCUGCAUAGUGCUCCCACCAGCAACAAAUACCCUUUACAGUUACACACAUUAAUGUAGGGUUAUGAGAGGUAGAUGGGAGUUCCUCAAUGUUACAAGUUGAUAUACAGUCGGUUACACGUGUUGUCACUUACCCCAUAUGACUUUUAUCACUUUGGGGCGAAUCCUAAUUGACAUUUAUGUCGAAUUAUCACUCAAUCUCCCAUUGACAUCAAUGCAUGACUACGUGACAAUGUGACUUUGUAAAAGUUAGAAUUUUCCCCUUAAUGAUCAGUAUGUGUCAUAUAUCCCAUUGAAAUUCCCCUCAUGCUUGUGUGUACUGGAGCUAUAAGCCAUAGCUUUCUACCGAGAGCUGAAAAGGCUGUUCUUUUAACACGUUUAUGUUGCAUCCUGGUAUAAUUAAUAGAUAAUAGAUAAAUGGGGCUGGAAUGUAAUGCUGCGACAGUAUUUGCCAGCUCUCUGUUUUUGGUGCAAAUACUGACAGAUGUUUCGUAUACAUCCUCUUUACACUCCCAAACAGAACUUUGUGUUUUAAUUAUAUUAUACGCUACUGCUUGAAGUGUUAAUUUACAUUUCGAAUGUUAAUUUAUGUUUUAAGAUGAGGCAAAUCGUUUUUAUUGGUGUGGUUGGUAGUAUCGAGAGAGAAAAAACAUAUUUUGUCUGCUUUUUGAGUUUGUAAAGUGUUUUCGAUUGAUAAUCAUGAUUGUAAUGUUUGUUUUCUGGUUGAUUGAAACCAUGAAAUAAUCAGCUAUUUCUACUUCUACGAUGUAUCCUAAAGCCAGGAACUAUAUUAUCUUGUACCUUCCACCAAUAUCUGGGACUCCCUGCAGUAUACAAUCAUAACACCUCGUUGCUUUGGGUACAAGAUAAGCACAGAUGCAUUCUUUUACAACCCUGAAUAUUCUGGCGCUACAUUUUCUGUCAUUUAUACCUUGUUGUUUAAGCCUCCGUUUGAGUCCUAAACAGUUAUGUUUGUAUAUAGUUUGAAGGCCGUCGUUGUAUGGCAAUGUUAAAUGUCACUUUAUAAGAAUCCUGAUUGUACUUUUUAAAUGGUCUAGUCUAUAGGUAAUCUCUGGCAUAUUCUAUCGCAGUAUAAUUUUUGUGCUCAUUCUAAGUGUCCGACCAGAUCCGAAAUCCAAUAACAAAUCAAUUUGUUAAUCCACCUCAUAAUUUGCAUAUUCUGUGCUAAAAACACGUAAUUUCCCCUUACUUCAAAAGUUUAUUUGUAUUUUUUUACUGACCCUUUAUUCAAGGAAUUUAUCCUACAAUCACUAAUGUAAACAAUAGUCAUUGGACAUACAGUCAUGUAAUAAAUGGCAACCUAUAAUAAUGUAAAAGUUAAAUAUCAUGCAAAAAAAACAAGACACCUAAAUUGCUACCUAUCGUAUUUAUUGAGUUACAUACAGGGUUAAUUGAAGUGGUCUGACUCUUGUCAGUAGUCAACAGCUUAAAGUUCAGCCCAACAUCUUUGUUGUCACACAGAUACUAUGACAAGGGCCCAGAAUUUUUCCUGACCUAGUGACCUGGAAAACUCAGGGACCUAGCUAUAACACCAACCAGUUGCAGUGUGAUACCUAUUUACCAAAAAAUACAUUUUUGGUUUCCCUCCUGAUUGUUUGUCGACCCUGUAUUGUAUUGUAUCUAUCUUCCAUUGAAGAGUUUUGAUCUCAGAUCCUACUGUCCUUGGGUGUUUGCUUUCUUCUUCUACUAUCCUCCAUUUUAGAAAGCCUCUUGUUUAGAUAUCACUAGACAGGUUUCACCUGGGAAAGAUACUUUUUUGGGGGGUAUCUUUUAGUUGUUUGAGUUGAUUGUUCACUCCGUCCUAGUUAGUGAACUUUGGGACCAAUAGAAGACAAGCUACAAAACAAAAUGCUACAUCCCAAUCUCCUAGGCCAGCAUUUAGACAAGAGUUCAGGGGUCAUUCAGAAUGCUACACAUAGAAAUGUAAGGCUAGAUCAAACACGAUUGCUCCUAUUUUCCAUGAUAAAGAAGAAUAUCUGUUCUAGAAAAUAUAUUUCCAUCUGAACAUUCUGUAACGUUGCAUCCACCUGAAAAAGCCUCUCCAUGAUAGUCUGCAACCAUUGGGCAACGUUUUCAAAGGACUUCUUCAACACUCUUUUGUACUAUGUUGUGAUUCAGCCAUUGUUUAAGAUACUUUGCAAACCUGUGUUUAUUUGAAAACUAGUUUCCAAGUGAUCUGUUUGUGAGCUCUGUUAAAUGUGAGUCGGACAAUUGUGUCAAUAAACUUUCCAGACGUGUUUCAAAUAAGUGUCUGCGCCUGCUUUUCUCAUAA